UUUGGCCCCGCUAACAAACUGUAUUUGUUUGUCUUCAUUCUGGCACGAGCUUGAAUGGACUAACUGCAGAAAACGAGCGAUAAAUAGGUUUCUUUUUUCUCUGUCGGACUUUGUCCCGUUAGUGUGACUGCGGCUGCAGGAUGGAGAUGCUAACAAGAAUAAUCUAAACACACCCGAAAAAACGUCAGGAUUAUCAGUUUGUUUUCCAAAUACUAGUUUUUUCUAAAUCAGCUGUUUUAAGCCGCGUUUUGUUAGAUGUCUGUCAACAGAAACUCUGGAUAGCAGCGAUGAGGAGCGGCGAUGGGCCUGCCCCGCGACCCACUCAGCUCAGCCAGGGGACCGGCUUGCUGACGCACACUCUGGGGCAUAUCCAACGGUUCCAGGUCAGGAGAGUCAUCCUCCAGUCAGACGGACACCUGCCUGUCCGCCAGCCCGCCUUCUCCUCUCUCCUCGCGGAUCUUUGUCUCCCGGAGCUGCGGAUCCUCUCGGCGGGACUUUGUCAGCUCUCUGCCCGGCUCACAGCGCUCUGAGGACGGCGGGAGGACGAAGGAGAGCUCGCUCACAUGGAUGGAUGGAUGAGGCUCUCAUGUCUCACCUUGGGAGGAGAGUUCAGUGUGAGAUGCCUGACCUUUGACCUCUGACCUCUCUGUGAAACCUCUCUGAGGAAGGUCAUAGGAGGAGGAGGAGUGACCAGCAGAGAUCUGAAGAACUAUGGAGGGAGGAGAAGAGGAGAAAAGUACAGGGGAGGAGGCUGAAACCUCCUCCAAGCUGUGGAGAGCCUCACUGAGAGGAGGAGACACCUGCAGACCAAACGGCCUCAUCAACACCCACAGUUUGGGGGCGGAGCCUCAGGAGGCGCUGCUUUCGGUGUACUCAGCUCCUCAGUAUCAGGGUCAUGUGAUGGUCAGCGCAGCCCCUCUGCAGGAGCAAAGCAGAGCUCCUCCUCAGCUUCUGAAUCCCAGAGCUCUACUCUGCCACCAGGCACUGUCAGACCCCGCCCCCGGUCUCUUCAUCUGCCCAGAAAUCAUGCAGGCGUGGGGGGAGGCUGGAGGAGGCGACUGCUGUGAGACCACCUUCAUAGAGGGGCACGGUCCUGGCACCUCCUACUCCCCUGCAGUGGCCCGCUCCACAAAGGAGGUGCUGUUGUUUGCUGAUGGGAAGUUUCUGGAGUUUUCUGGAGAAGACGCAAACAUCCACACGCUGUCGUACGACAUCGAUGAUGAGGACGACUUCCAGGAGCUCGAGAGCGAUUACUCCAGCGAAUCAGAAAGUGAGGACACCUUCUUGCUGAUGCCUCCCAGGGAUCACCUGGGCCUCAGCGUCUUCUCCAUGCUCUGUUGCUUCUGGCCACUUGGCAUUGCCGCCUUUUACCUGUCGCACAAGACCAACAAGGCGGUGUCUAAGGGAGACUUUCACCUGGCCAGCUCCAGCUCAAGGCGGGCUCUCUUCCUCGCUGUGCUCUCCAUAACCAUUGGCACGGGUAUUUACGUGGGCGUAGCCGUGGCGCUCAUUGCCUACCUCUCUAAGAACCACCAGUGGUAGCUGUGACAUCAGGGAGGGAGGUUACCCAUCAGCCCCUCCUCUCCUUCUGGAGCGCCGCUCUCAGGUGAGCGUUUGGUCGGCACUUUGAGCCGUCAUGAUGAGCUGGAGGAGGACUUCCUGUAUGCAGACAGCAGUGGCAGAAUCAACCUGUGCAGGUUCAACAGGUAACUCCACCUAAAACUGUUGGAUCAGUCAGAUCCCAGGAACGCUCAGAGGAAUGGUGGGAGGUUUGAGACAAGACACUUUCCUUGUCUCGGAUUGUUUUAAAGAACUUUUCCAGGAUUAAGAUUUUCUCUCUUUCCCCCAUCAGUUGGUGAACCUUCUUCUUAAAUGAUGAUCCACGCAGCUGCAACCACGAAGCCCAUCAUCCUCUGUGGAGAUUUUAGAGCAACAGAUUUUAAAGGAAGCUCCACCAAAGUUAAUAAGAUCCAAACCUGGAAGUUUGAGUCUGAUCGGACAAACACUGAAAAUGUACCAGGAGCUAAGCAGAUAAUGUUGCUGCCUUCGAGUUACCCUGAAAACCAGAAGUCUGAAUCAGGUCAUUUUUACAUAUGUGAUCUAAGAGUUGGAAAGAAACAUGGCUGCCUUCAGAUUAACAAGAAUAUGCUCAUCAACAGCUGAACUGGAGCACUGAAAAGAAGCUGAGAGGGAUAACUUCUUGUGGUGUUUUCUGAUUUUUUCCUGGUUAAAAAUCACAAAUUCGCAGAUUCACAAACAACAAAAGAAACAGUUUGAAGUUUUAUUUUUCUCUAAAAACAGCAGCAUCUGAAGCAAAAACAGAAAUCAGGAGUAAAAUGAAAUGUAAAACGUAAUGAUUUCAUUCAACUCUUGAACAAGAAGUUCGUUUUUAUUUCCUCUCCUUUUCAUUAUUCUUUCAUUUAAUUUUGAGUCUUGUUGAUGUGAAUAAAAUCAAUGUGGGGACAUCA